CUUUACAUGAGCUCAUUCUAAGGCAGUCUAUCAACACUAGAAUAGUUGACAUGGUUGAAAACCAAAAAAAAAUGAUCCAUUGGUUUAUGUACUGCAAUAACGAGGAAUUUGAUUCGGGUAGUGAUUUGACUUUGAGUGUAACUGUGAAGAAGUUUGCUUCAUACGCCGAAAUGAUUACUGGAUUCAUGUUAUGGGUGUUUGCAUCUAAAUGGAUUUAUUUUCGUACUUGGAGUUUGUCUUUUUGAUAAAAUGGGUUCUACUGUAACAAUAGCUUGAUAUAGCUGGUAAUGUGAGUGGGAUACAUGUGAAAGUAAUUAGAAGGAUGUAGGAUUUGAUAUUUGGUAUGGAAAACUUUCCUUUGCAGUUAAGGACGUAAUAUCUUCACCGUCCAAAAAGGGGACUUGGGAAAGUAAAUGGUAAACCAUGGAUGGAGUAUAUUGUGGCUAGUAAAUUUAUCUUGACAUCUUACGAUGCUAAUUGCUUGCUUGUUAGCAAAAUUUGUUUAAUUUUUAUGUGAUGAGUGUGAUUUUAAAUGAUUAAUGCUUCUUCUGGUUUUCCUAAACUUUUGACAGGUUUGUGAGGCCUUCCCAGAUGGGUGAGCAAAGAAUAAAUCAGUACAUUGGCGGAAAAUACGGAAAACUAGGAGUUGACAGGGUUUGGCACGAUACUGCCAUUCCAUUUGAUGAAGUGAUUCAACAAUUUGAAGAGUGGUUGGGUAAGCAUCAUUUAUGGGUCAAAAAGCCAGGUGGUCGUCUAAAUAGAGCUGCAUUUAUAACUUGCGGAAAUUGGGAUUUGAAGACAAAGAUCCCUGCGCAGUGCAAAGUAUCAAGGAUGGCACUUCCAUCAUAUUUCACUGAAUGGAUCAAUCUAAAGGACAUUUUUUUGAACUUUUAUAAUAGAAGGGCUCCAGGAAUGGUUUCAAUGAUGAGGGAACUCCGAAUUCCACUGCGAGGAAGUCACCAUCUUGGAAUGGAUGAUACCAAAAAUAUUGCAAGAGUGGUACAACACAUGCUUAUAGAUGGUGCUCUUCUGCAAAUUACUGCAAGGAGAUUACGUGGUUCAAAAGUUGAGUUUCUAUUUGAAAAUCGUGUCUAGUUGCCACUCUACAUCUCUUUACGUUCACCUUCCUUGUUAUGAUCUUCAUUUCGGACUAAUUUCUUUGUGCUAAUUGCAUAUAUAUAUAUAUAUAUUCUUCAUGAGCU